UCUCCAUAAAUUUAGGUCCAUGCACUUACGAAACUUGAAAAUCAUGUCGAUCUCAGUGUUUCAAAUUCUUUUGCUUCUGGUUUCCCUCACGUUACAAGCAUCAGGAGCUGCACCUGGACUUGCAAAGCCUAACUGUGCUGAAAAGUGCGGGGACGUCACAAUUCCCUUCCCCUUCGGAAUAGGAGCCGGGUGUUUCUUGGACGACUGGUACCAGAUCGUCUGCCAACAAAACAGCGCCGUUCCCAUUCUAAAGAAGAUUGGAUUGCGAGUUCUCAACAUUUCACUCCCCAAUGGAGACGUGGAUGGCAUGAUUAACAUUAGACUUCCUGUAAUUUCCUCAAGUCCAAGCUGCGGGGGCGAUAGAUUUGGUGUGCCAGUGAGAUUUGAAGGAGGUCCAUUUGUCUUCUCCCGGACAAAGAAUGUCUUUACAUUCGUCGGUUGCAACACCCUGGCAACGAUGAGUAGUACAGAAUCAGAUGUUGUCGGUUGCAGGUCGAAAUGUGAUGGAACCAACACUAGCAUUAGCUGGAAUAGUGCUUGUUCCGGGAGGGAUGGCUGCUGCCAGACUACGCUCCCCCUUAACCUUCAGGGCUUUAGUGUGGAUUUCAAAGAAGAAGGUGAACGUCAGGGGUGCAAGUACGCUUUCUUGAGGUCUGACUUUACAGGUUCAUAUGAUUUGAGACUGAAUAAGACUGUUCCGGUGGUGCUGGAAUGGGGGAUUGCGAGCAAUACUGAAUAUGGACGUAAGCUUAUCGAGCAGUCAGAAACUGAUUAUCCUUCCGUGUGUAGCGAAGGUGAAUUAAUGCUAUUUGUGCAGUGCUAUUGCACACGGGAGUAUGGUGGUAACCCAUAUCUUAUUGAAGGAUGCAAAGGAGCUGCACCUGGACCUCCAGGACGUGGCUGUAACGAAACAUGCGGGAAGGUCACCAUUCCCUUCCCCUUCGGAAUGGGAGCCGGGUGUUUCUUGGAUGACUGGUACAAGAUCGACUGCCAGCAAAACACGACUCCCACACUAAAUAAGAUUGGAGUGCGAGUUCUCAACAUUUCCCUCCCUGAGGUAGACUUGCCUGGCAUGAUUAACAUUAGUCUUCCUGUAAUUUACUCAAAUGCAAGCUGUGGGGGUGACGGACGUGGUGCAGCGGUAAGCUUAAAAGGAAGUCAAUUUGUCUUCUCCCGGUCAAGGAACUUCUUUACAUUGGUUGGUUGCAACACCAUGGCAACAGUGAAUAGUACAGAAUCAGCUGUUGUCGGUUGCCGGUCGAAAUGUGCUGGAACCAACUUCAACAUUAGCAAGUAUAGUGCUUGUUCCGGGAGGGACGGAUGCUGCCAGACUAAGCUCCCCUUGAACCUUCAGGGUUUUAGCGUGGAUUUCAAAGAAGAAGGUGGACAUCAGGGGUGCAACUACGCUUUCUUGAGGUCUGAUUUUACAGGUGUAUAUGAUUUGAGAUCGAGUGAUACGGUUCCAGUGGUGCUGGUAUGGGGGAUUGCGAACAAUACCAACUAUGCACUUGACCUUAUCCGGCAAGAUUACGACGCAAUAUACAACUCAAGCUAUGAUACUCCUUUCGCCUGUACCAGAGACAGCGUCGACAGCAGUGAAAUGCUAUUUACAUGGUGCUACUGCGGACGGGGGUAUGGUGGCAACCCUUAUGUUAUUGGAGGAUGCCAAGAUAUUAAUGAAUGUGAAGAUCCAAAUAUGUGCUCCGGGACUUGCGUGAACAAACAGGGCUCAUAUGAUUGCGUCAAUGGUAGAAAGACAGCUAAAUUCAUUCUUAUUGGGGUUGGAGCUGGCCUUGGGGCACUAUUUUUGUGUCUUGUCUUAUGGGGGUUGUACAAAUACAUCAAGAAGAGAAAAGAAAUAAAGCUCAAAGAGAAGUACUUCAAACGCAAUGGUGGUCUUUUGUUGGAAAGUGAGCUAUCUUCAGCCGAAGGCAAUGUCGAGAAAAACAAAUUGUUCAACUCCAAGGAUCUAGAGAAGGCCACUGACAAUUUCAACAAGGAUAGGAUACUCGGGCAAGGUGGACAAGGUACUGUUUACAAGGGAAUGUUAACAGAUGGAAAAAUAGUUGCGAUUAAGAAAUCGAAAGCAAUAAAUGAGGGCAAAGUCGAACAGUUCAUAAAUGAAGUCCUCAUUCUCUCACAAAUCAACCAUAGGAAUGUGGUUAAGUUAUUGGGGUGCUGCUUGGAGACAGAAGUCCCGCUUUUAGUAUAUGAGUUUAUACCAAACGGGACUCUAUAUCAAUAUCUACAUGACCUAAAGGAAGAGUUUCGUGUAUCAUGGGACACGCGCUUACGAGUUGCAACUGAAAUUGCAGGAGCCUUAUUCUACUUGCAUUCAGCAGCCUCUAUUCCCAUUUAUCAUCGAGACAUCAAGUCCACCAAUAUCCUCUUGGAUGAGAAAUAUCGGGCAAAAGUGGCAGAUUUUGGUACUUCCAAGUCCGUUUCCCUCGAUCAAACUCAUGUAACCACAUUGGUGCAGGGGACUUUCGGCUACCUAGAUCCCGAGUAUUUCCAAUCAAGUCAAUUCACAGACAAAAGUGAUGUAUACAGCUUUGGAGUUGUCCUUGUUGAACUCUUAACGGGCCAAAAGCCAAUCUCGUCGCUAAGGGAACAAGAAGGAAGAAGCCUCGCAACCUAUUUCAUAAUUUCGAUGGAGCAAAAUUGCUUGUUCGACAUUGUGGAUGCUCAAGUUUUGAAAGAAGGUAAGAAGGAAGAUAUUGCAUCAGUUGCUAACCUUGCGAAAAGGUGCUUAUACUUGAAUGGGAGGAACCGGCCUACAAUGAAAGAAGUGGCAAUGGAGUUGGAGAGGAUAAGGAAGCUCCAGAAUCCUUCGGGUAUUCAGCAAAAUCAAGAGGACCAUGAGGCAACUGAAUCUUAUGAUGUUGCUUUUCCAUCUAGCAAGUCAAACAUGGUUAUGGAUGUCUACAUUGUCGGAUGUGCAGCCACUCUUACCUAGUGGGACAUGGUGAAGAUCUGUUUUGCCUCUUACACUGAUGACUCAUAUUGCUAUGUUUGUCAUGGAAAUUGGUGUUCAGACCGAAAGAAAAAAGGGAGGAAAACUCGUUCAUUUACUAAUACGAGAACUUCGUUAGUUAUUUAUUGUUUAUGAACUUAUUCUCGAUGUCUGGGAUUAUUAAACUGUAAUGUCACCUAUUCCAAAUUUAUUUAUAUUGUAAUUAGCUAGGCAUGAUCGUACGGUGUAUGUGCCAAUGGGGAAAUACUUUGCAAAUUGCAAUCAUC